GAGAAGGCAAAUGUUCCCCCAGCUGUUUCCUGUCUACAGUGUCUGUGUUUUGUAGAUAAAUGUGAGGAUUUUCUCUAAAUCCCUCUUCUGUUUGCUAAAUCUCACUGUCACUGCUAAAUUCAGAGCAGAUAGAGCCUGCGCAAUGGAAUAAAGUCCUCAAAAUUGAAAUGUGACAUUGCUCUCAACAUCUCCCAUCUCUCUGGAUCUCUUUUCGCCUCAUUAUUUCUGCUAACCAAUUCAUUUCCAGACUGUGUACUUCAGAAGCAAUGGGAAAAAUCAGCAGUCUUCCAACCCAAUUAUUUAAGUGCUGCUUUUGUGAUUUCUUGAAGGUAAAGAUGCGCAUCCUGUCCUCCUCGUAUCUCUUCUACCUGGCCCUCUGCUUGCUCACCUUCACCAGCUCGGCCACAGCCGGACCGGAGACGCUCUGCGGUGCUGAGCUGGUGGAUGCUCUUCAGUUCGUGUGUGGAGACAGGGGCUUUUAUUUCAACAAGCCCACAGGAUACGGCUCCAGCAGUCGCAGGGCACCUCAGACAGGCAUCGUGGAUGAGUGCUGCUUCCGGAGCUGUGAUCUGAGGAGGCUGGAGAUGUACUGCGCACCCCUCAAGCCGGCAAAGUCAGCCCGCUCCGUCCGCGCCCAGCGCCACACCGACAUGCCCAAGACUCAAAAGUAUCAGCCUCCAUCUACCAACAAGAAAAUGAAGUCUCAGAGGAGAAGGAAAGGAAGUACAUUUGAAGAACACAAGUAGAGGGAGUGCAGGAAACAAGAACUACAGGAUGUAGGAAGACCCUUGAGGAGUGAAGAAGGACAGGCCACCGCAGGACCCUUUGCUCUGCGCGAGUUACCUGUGAAACAUUGGAAUACCGACCAAAUAAGUUUGAUGACAUUUCAAAGCUGGGCAUUUCCCCCAAUGAAAUACACAAGUAAACAUUCCAAUAUUGUCUAUAGGCGUGAUUGUUCAAAGCUUUGCACCUUGCAAAAAUGGUCCUGGAGUUGGUAGAUUGCUGUUGAUCCUUUAUCAAUAAUGUUCUAUAGAGAAUACAUAUAUAUCUUAGUCCCUGCCUCUCAAGAGCCACAAAUGCAUGGGUGUCGUAGAGAUCCAGUUGCACUAAAUUUCUCUCUGAAUCUUGGCUGCUGGAGCCAUUCAUUCAGCAACCUUGUCUAAGUGGUUUAUGAAUUGUUUUCUUAUUUGCACUUCUCUCUAUACAACACAGGCUGUGUGUUUAUGGUGUUUAAUAGUCAUCUUCAUCUAUCUCCACCACCCCUUUCUUAAUGUUUUUAUUUACCAAAUUUGGCCUCCUCAAAAGCAGCAGCAAAGUAGCACACCGAUUCUUAACCUGCAAGAUUUAACCUGUGGCAUUUGUACCAAAUAUAAGUUGGAUGCAUUUAUUUUAGGCACAAAGCUUUAUUUUUCCACAUCAUGCUAAAAGCUUAAUGCAGAUCGUUGUGACUUUGAGGCCAAUCAUUUUUAGGCUUAUGUUUUAAACAUAGAAAGUCAAACUCUCAGUGGUUCCCUCGAAUGAUGAGUUAGAGUGCAACCUGAUUAGUCACUUCUUUUUAUUUUUUUCCAUAUAGAGCACUAUGUAAAUUUAGUAUAUCAAUAAUACAGGAUAUAUCAAACAGUAUGUAAAACUCUGUUUUUUAGUACAAUGGUGCUAUUUUGUAGUUUGUUAUAUGAAAGAGUCUGGCCAAAACGGUAAAAGGUGAAAGCAAAACAAAAGGGAAAACCUGGAGCCAAAGAUAACACAAGGAGGAAGGGAAGGAAAAGUCCAUCCAUUUGGGAAAGAAGGCAAAAGGGUUCCCCCCACCCCCAGUUAUGCUUUUCAAAAAUCCGCUGAUGCAAAUUUGCUUGGCGAGACCAGAGAGGAAGCCGUGGAAUGGAAAAAGCAGAAGGCCAGGAGUUUUAACAGACCUGGUUUCUCUGUCUAACCGAAGAAACAAACAUCUGUCAGCUCCACCACGGACUCGCCACUGUGUGACCUUGGCCAAGUCACUUCGCCUCUCUGUGCCUCAGUUUCCUCAACUGCAAAAUGGGGGCAAUACGUCAUCUACCUACCUCAAAGGGGUGGCAUGAGGAUUAAAAAGUUGAAGCUUCAGACUUUCACCUUGUGUUGCUUUGAGGGGAUAAAACCAGAGCCCUUGCUUGAGUUGCUAGGAUGCAGGAAUUCUUUAAACCCAUUCUCAGCCUACCUAGAGACUAAUUAACCAAACAUUUCUGACAUCCCAAUUCUUGUAGGUGAAACCAUCCCACUGCUAGUUGUUGAUAGCUCACAGUUCACUCUCUUUUAAAAUGCUUUUAAAAAUAAAUUAGAAACAUUUGAUUUUGAAUUCUACAUUUGGAUUUGUGAAUAUACAAAUACGUGAAGAUGAGAAUAGAAGAGAAAAAUGGGAGAAACCAACAGGAUUCCUACCAGUGAAGUGGUUCUUGGUUACUCCAUUUGUUAGCACUCAUAGAAUCUUCCAGGCAGUUACUAUCUAUCUAGUAAUACCUCUUUUAGUGUUGUAAGUGACAUUCUAUUCAUUCUAAAAAUCAGUUUUUCCUUCUUUGUAGGCAAGAAAAGAAAAUGGUCCAAGAUUUAAAAUAUUGAAAGCUACUCUCUUACAUGAACUUUACUCUUUGGUUGUAUCCACAUAACUUUAACAAAAAAUUUUGUUGUCGUUGAAAUGUGCUGACCAGAGGUUACUGAGAAGCAAAUUUCCUUCUCCCCUCCUAUUUGUUUAGAAAGGUAGUCCCUAGCUCUGUGUGGAUAUGUCUUAUCAACUGAUAAUGGGUGUCAAGAAAAUCCAAAGGGUGAGGAUGGCCCAGGACGGCCUAAAAAUGUUAUCCAUGUACGGAUCACGAUUUUGUUAGAACAGAAUCACCUAGCAUUCAGAUCUUUUUACUGGCCUUAGAACUUCUUGGGGAAAAGCAUCCAGGUAUGAUUAUUUCAUGCAAAUUUUAUCCUCUAUGUUCUUGGAAAGUAUAUAUGAAAAACAAACAAAUAACAUCUUUGGUUUUCUACUCAGUAGUUCACCUCAAGGUUCAGAGACCAUGAAAAAGAAAUGAUUUUCAGGAUCUCUAUGGAAUGACAAAAAAGAGGCCCUCGUUUGUGCACCAGUCCUGUUCAGUGAAGUAGCAAUGAAAUCUCAGUCCACUGCGUUAUUUGAAUUGAGCACCCUGGGCCUGCUGACCAGUGUGGUCAUCCUUAUGAACUAAUGCCAAAGAAACUACAUCAUUUUCACCCUCUGCUUGUUUGGCAGAUACAUGUAUCCAGUGGAAUAAGAUGCUGCCCCACUUUCCCCAUAAAGACACUUUUGGUUUUUAUUUCUUGUUCCCAGUAUAUACCUUCUAAAACAAUUUAUUCCCAACCAAACUUUGAAGUCAGUCUUCUGCAGAUUUAUGAUUUCCCUGACAAUUCUACAAGUGUCUAUGACAUUGUACUCAAUUAACUGUCAAAAACUCCCCCAAAUGAGGAAAGCUUAAAUAGGUGAUGCUAUGGGAUCCUUCUUAACUUUUUCCCAACACAUAAUCCUCUCCAACUGGAUCACAAAUCAAAUAAUUAAAAAUUCAGUAAUUAUACCAGCCCAUAAUUAUUUCCAUGUAAAUUAAUAGUAGAGGAAAAAUUGAUAUGAACUCUGAAAAUCAAUUGACCACUAUAUAGUGCAGCAAAGUGACCUGGGAUUGACAGAAGUGAGCACUUAAAAUUUCUCAACCCAAAACUAAGUAAGUUCUGCUUUAGAAUUAUGUUGGUUUAAAUUUUAGAAUGGGAAAAUUGCAAGGUGUUUAUAAAAAGACUCUAAAUAUUGCUAAGGAUGAGCUUUCAAUUUAAAGCUUAGUUUCAAUGUAAUUACAACUACUCAAUACUUAGGUCAAAUUUCUGUUCCCACUUUCACAAGUAGUAUAAAGUAUUAUUUGAAUAUUAAGAUGAGGCACCUCCUCUGAAAAGGUUAAUGCUUCUCUUCACUAGAAAGUACUCUUCUAGGGGUAAAGAAAAACUCUCAAUACCUACCCUACACACACACACACACACACAUUCUAAGAAGAAGUCACUUCCUUGAAAAUCUUAUUAAAAACAAAAGAGCCUGGCCUCCCUUGAGAAUCCAUCCCCUCCUUGGAAUGUCAAUGUUUGUGUAGAUGAAACCAUCCCAUGCAUGUGGUUCCAGGGUUUCUGUUACUAGUUUAUGCACUUGGGAAACUGCUUAGAAUGGAAGAUGUAGCACAUUUUGCUUUCCCAUUUAUUGUUUGGCCAGCUAUGCCAAUGUGGUGCUAUUGUUUCUUUAAGAAAGUACUUGACUAAAAAAAAAAAAAGAAAAAAAAGAAAAAAAAGAAAGCAUAGACAUAUUUUUUUAAAGUAUGAAAACAACAAUUCUAUAGAUAGAGGGCUUAAUAAAAUAGCAUUAGGUCUAGCCACCACCACCUUUCAACAUUUUAUCACUCACAAGUAGUGUACUGUUCACCAAAUUGUGAGUUUGGGGGUAGAGGGGCAGAAGAUGGAAAUUUGUAAAAGUUAGAAGGCUCCAUUAUUUUGUUGGCUCUCCAACUCAGCAAAGUAGCAAUAUAUGAUCCAAUCAGAACACAUUGAUCAAGAGCAUGGAGUAUAAAUGGGAAAAAAAACCUUCUAGUCAAAUGGCAGAACUAAACAGAUGAUUAAGUUGUUAUUGAUUGUGUAUGUGUGUGUGUGUGUGUGCGCUCUCUGCUUUAAAAAAAAUAUUCAGCAAGUGAAGAAAAUUAAAACAAAGAGAAGAACAUACAAAGAUUCAUCUACUAGAAGCAGCUUCUGCCACAUCCUACUUGGGUACUCUUUAGUGUUCACUGGUUUGUAGAACAUGUUCUCCCUUCACCCAAACAUCUCAAAGAGCAGUAGCUCUCCUAUAAAGCAAUCACUGAUCUCACUGGGAAAUCUUGGAAAGUAUUUCCUUAUGAGGUGGGAGUUAUCUACUGAAAAAGAGAGAGAAUUUAUGAGAAAUUGUUGAAAGAGAUGGCUAACAAUCUGUGAAGAUUUUUUGUUUUCUGUUUUUGGUUUCUUUUUUUACCUUAUACAGUCUUUAUGAAAUCUUAAUGUUCAAAAUGACUUGGUCCUUUUCUUCUAUGUUCAUAUUGGAAGGAGGUAUAGUAAGUUAAACCCAUUUAGACUCUUUAACCUAUAGGCUAGAUAGAAAUAUAUGUUUGACUUGUUGAAUCAGACUAUUUAAAAUGUUUUGCUAUUUUUAAUCAUAAAAGAUUGCACUAAUUUAUUAUAGCAGAAUCUGUUUGGCUCUCCUUAUAAGAAAGACCAUUCCCACUGAAAUCACUUGGGAUUUCCCAUUAAUGUUUUCAAAAGAUGAAUCUGACCUAUGCUAUGGCAUCAUUUAUUUUAAAAACAGAAUUGUGAGCCUUUGUGCCCCUCCCUGCAAUGAUCAUGAAAUCCCGGAUUUGAGGGGAAAAACCAAAAGGAAAUUUCCAUUGAUUCUUUAUUAUUGUUUUUUUUUCAAUGCUAGUAUUUAAUCCUAUAGUACGUAUUUGCUUAUUGCUAUUUUAAUAUUCUAUAAGACUUUCCUGUUAGAUAUUAGAAACUGAUACAUAGAUAUCAUUUUUGUGUGAUUUCUAUUUUGAAAAAAAAAAAGGAGACAAAAAGACUGAAGCUUUAACUAUGUAUGGUACAAGAUAAAGAUAUCAACUUAAAUAAUCAAGUCCUGACUGGAACAAUCCUUUUCUUUCUUCUUCUUUUUUUUUUUUUUAAUUUUUAAGGAAACCUCUCAUAGCUAAGACAGAGGCCCAGGGAAUUUUUGAAACUGUCUUUAUUACUCCUCCCAGUCCUUGUUUUUUUAGUGUCUGCCUCAGAUUUUUGUAGAGGGCUGUCUAAGCUGAAACCCUAAAAUUAAAGGAACCUCUUUAUAAAAGCAUGUAUUGUACACCAUUGCCUCUUAAUGGAUGAUGACAUUGAUCUUGGACAUGGUCCCUCUCCUUCCCCAUUUGUCAAUAGUCAUUGAUAUCAUCUUCCAAGGGGAAACAAAAACAUUUUUUAAUUUAAAAAAAUGAAAGAACACAAAAAUACAAAUGUUAUUGCCCAACUGAAACACAAGCUAAGAUGGAAAUAAAGUUUUUCCUACUUAAUAACCCAGGCUGAAUCACCUAUCACCUUCAAAAUGACCUUUCACAAUCCUUAGAAUUUGCUUUAAAACAAAAAAUUGCCCAGACUCCAAAGGAAAUAGUAUUCAUUUUCUUUUACCCAAAGUGCACUGAUGCAAAGUAGAAAAAAAAUAGAACUCUAUGAUCCCUUCCAAGCCAUCACUGACCCCACUCACCUACUCAUAACAAAAUUGCUUCUCUUAAUCCUUUAAUCUGAUUUUGUUUGGAUAUUUAUCUUGUACCUGCUGCUAAACACACUGCAGGAGGGACUCUGAAGCCUCAGUGUCUACUCGUGUUUCUUAUUUGUGUUCAUGUAUCAUUAAAAUGUCUAUUCAAAAUAUCAAAAACUUUCAUGCAGCUUAUAAUCAGUUUACACAAAUUCCGUGUCAGAUCUCUUUUUACUGAGUUGAUGAACUAUGAGAAUUGGGAUUACAUCAUGUAUUUUGCUUCAUGUAUUUUUAUCACACUUGUAGGUCAAGAGUGAUAAACUUACAGCCACUGAAUUAAUUUUCCCUGCUACUUUGAAACCAGAAAAUUAUAGGUCAUUCAUUAUAUACAUUUUAGCUCAAAAGCAUAUUUUUAUUAAAUUAAUUCUGAUUGUAUUUGAAAUUAUUAUUCAUUCAUUUAUGGCAGAGGAAUAUCAAUCCUAAUGACUUCUAAAAAUGUAACUAACUGAAUCAUUAUCUUACAUUUACUGUUUAAUAAGCAUAUUUUGAAAAUGUAUGGCUAGAGUGUCAUAAUAAAAUGGUAUAUCUUUCUUUAGUAAGUACAUUAAAAUUAAUCAUAUUUGAUUAACUGGUUCUUUGGAUAA